AUGGCCCAAAAAGUUGAUCUCAACCCUAGGAAGCCACUCAAGCCGAAGGCCAAGCCUAAAAAAUUGACAGCUGAGGCUAUUGCCAACAUUGAUCGUCCUUUUCCUGAACUGGGUCCUGCCGAACCCAAUGAUUUCCAAUACGAGCUGUAUGCUUCUGUUUUCAACAAAAUUAUGAACAUUGCGCAUGUCAUUUUCAUCAUGAAUUUUGAUCAUCUGGAUCCCAAGCAUCUCGCCAAUGCAGUGUAUCGUUCCUACACAAUCGAGGCUCGUGCUAACAUUGUGGCUGAUCUCCAUUUGGAUCGAUGCAAACACGCCCUCACGUACCAACCCAACACUCAUCCUCACCAAGUCAAGGCUGUUCGUCAGUCUAUGAUUAACUUAGUUUAUAUCAGUGAAGAGGAUAUUUCAGCAAUUGUUGCUACUCCUCGCCAAAAUCCCAGAACCGCUCUCAUACCAGAUUCGCGUACUUGA